GGAGGAUGGCACACCUGUCCUGUCCAGGCCAGGCCAGGCCUUGUCUGUUGUGUUGUGCUUUUUAAUGGCUGUGGAUCAUUUUCUUCCACCAAUGGGCUGCUGUGCCUGUGAGUGAGUGAUCUCUGGCCCAAUUCAUGGACAGAUAGAUUAACACAACAGUGCGUGUGGGAAAUAAAUGGAGGAUGGAGGCACAGUGAAGACUUCAGAUCCUCCUCGCCAAAAGAUUCAUUAUUUAUUGGGCAAGAUAUGUAGACCGACCACAAACCAGAGCAACACUGAAUGGCCUGCCAUUUGGAAAUUAAUUGAGGUUUCGAUUGGUGUUGACUGGUGGAUCCAAGCUUGGAUCUUUCGCUCUUCUUCAGUCCAGGCUGUCAGGAAUUUAAUUGGGAAGUGAAUGAAUGGAUAAGAGGAAAUGGUUGUGGAAAAGGAAAUCUUCUGAGAUAAGUCCCAGUGAAAGCGAAAGCGAAAGCAAUGGAUCAUCCUUUUCACAUUCUGACGAGCAACAGGAAGGAUUGAGACAAUCUCCUCAAGUGAUCUCGAUCCCUAAAACCGAUGGCAGCGAAAUGGAGGAAACUAUCAUCAAGACUCUAACGGAAAAGCUAUCCGCUGCACUGGUAAACAUCUCUGCCAAUGAAGAGCUCGUCAAGCAGCACACCAGAGUUGCUGAAGAAGCUGUUGCUGGGUGGGAGAAGACUGAAAAUGAAGUGGCUGCGCUUAAGCAGCAGCUUGAUGUUGCGGUGCAGCACAAUUUAAGCCUGGAAGUGAGAGCCAGCCAUCUCGAGAGUGCUCUCAGGGAAUGUGUAAGACAGCUGAGACAAGCAAGGGAUGAUGCUACGCCAGAGAAGAACGGCGAUUGGGAGUCCCAAAAGAUUCAGCUCGAGAAGCAAAUCCUUCAUCUCCAGGCUCAAGUCGAAGUUUCCAGAGCUGAAAAUUCCGCUGCCAUUGAUCCUGAUACUCUGUUAGUGAUUGAGGCUCUAGAGAAAGAGAACACAUCCCUCCGGCAAGAACUCAUGUCCCGUCAUAAACAGCUGGAAGUUAUUGCCAUUGAGAGAGAUUUAAGCACUGAAGCAGCAGAAACAGCAAGCAAGUUGCAGUUGGCGAGCAUAAAGAAGGUUGCUAAGCUUCAGACAGAGUGCAGAAUGCUUCGAUCAAUGGUUCGAAGAUCAUCCACAGCAGACAGCAAUCACAAGUUUGCGGCUGCUUCCUCCUCCUGUGCUGUAACAGACGGUUUAUCAGAGUGCGGCAGUAGGCAGAAAUCCAUAGACUUGGAUACUGAAGAGACUGUUAAAACAGGAGCAAAUGGAUAUGAACCAACGAAGAAUCUUUCAGCUUGCUGCCUUGAAAUCGACAUGAUGGAUGAUUUUCUUGAGAUGGAGCGUCUUGCUGGAUUGUCGGAGACUAAUAAUAUUAUUUCAUUUUCUGCAUCAGAGUUGGCUUCUGGAGAAUGUGUUCAGGAUGACAAUGUAUUCAAAGAUGAGCUAAACUCCAUGGCACAACAAGUAGCGGAAUUGGGAGACAAGGCGACAAAGUUGGAGGCAGAGAAAUUAAGGCUUCAAAAUGCUUUAGAUGAGAGUGUUGAUCACCUGAAAACGGCACAGAGCAGAGUUGCUGAAACGGAAACUACGUUGGAAGAGCUACAGAAAGAUUUAGCUGCAUUAAAUGAAACAAAAGUGUUACUCGAAUCGCAGCUUGUCGCCAUGGAAACAGAGGCAAGCGCAAUGUCUUCCAACAUCAAUUCGUUAAAAGCAGAAAUAGAAGAUGAAAGGAAGCUAUCAUCUGAACUAGCUGCAAAGUGCGAGGAAUUAGAAAGAGAACUAACAAUCACAAUCCAGGAAAAAGAAGUCGAGCUAAAUAAAUCGUCAAAUGGUGAAACAAGAUUAAAGCAGGAGGAUUUAGCUGUAGCAUCAGACAAGCUCGCCGAGUGCCAGAAAACGAUUGCAUCUCUCGGACGGCAGCUUCAAUCUCUUGCAGCAUUGGAAGAUUUUCUAAUUGACACUUCAAACAUUCCAGGCCCCUCUGAAGGAGCAUUGCCUUCAGGCAAUGGUGGAGAAUUCAUUGUACCAACAUACGAUUUGGCUCAGUUAAAAUUGUCAAUUGAGAACUAUAGGCAGCUGGAGAAUAGGGAUUCGUCGUCGUCUCGAAUCCCACCUCCAUCAGCACUAUCAACCAGCCAUACAACUGCUGCCAAGAACUUGAGCAGUUUUGGGAGGAUAUUCUCAAGAAGCAAGAGCGUGAUAGAACUAGGGAACACUCCAGAUUAG